AUGAUGCCCUCACGUCUAUCUUCGUUCAGGUUGCCGCAACUCGGCCGUCGGCUCGGGCUCAGGGUCAUGGGCACCGUGUCUGGAAGAGCUGGUGACAUCAGCCGUAUCCUUAAGAAGGCCCCCCCGGCUUACGUGCAGGUGCCAUUUGUGGAGGAAGACCUUGAGCGUAUUAUGGACGAAGUACCUGAUUUCAAGUUUUAUUACGUCGGAAGGGAAGAUGGACGUGAUAAUCCCUACAGAAAGGUCCCCAUGACUACAAGUAUAUACGCUGAAGGUACGGAAGGUCCGUUCGAAGCUGUUGACGAUUCUGUGAAGUUCGCUAUGUUGGCUAACGGGCUGAGGAUCGCAUCCGUAGACCGAGGUGGUAUGGACUCAUUGUUGGGACUAUAUGUUGGUGCUGGUAGCAGGUAUGAGACCCCCGAUGAGAUUGGUGUCUCGGCGAUGAUCGAAAAUAUGGCCUUCCAUUCGACAGCACACCUAUCACACCUACGUACGAUCAAAACCAUAGAGACUUUGGGAGGGAACGCAAGCUGUAAUGCUUUCCGAGAACACAUUGCCUACCAAGGAGAGUGUCUUAGAAAGGAUUUACCGAUUAUGGUUAACCUCCUCAUAGGAAACGUGUUAUUCCCACGUUUCCUACCGUGGGAACUGAAAGCCAACAAAUCCAGACUGGAUGAACGACGUAAACAGAUACAUGCAUCCCCGGAUCAAUUCAUCACCGAACUUUUACAUUCGGUUGCUUGGCAUAAUAACACUCUAGGUUUACCCAAUUUCUGCCCUGAGUCAAGUAUUGCAAACUACAAACCUGACGUACUUCGCAACUUCAUGCUGAAACACUUUUCACCAGACAACUGUGUGAUCGUCGGUAUCAACACGGACCUUUCUGAGUUAUCUAAGUGGGUUAUGCGUGCUUACAACGAGUACAAUGCAAUUGAGCCCGUUCCUCGCCUGAAAGAAGCCCCGGUAUACACUGGAGGAGUGCGUUACCACGAAGACAUUUCACCUAUGAUGCAUGUAGCAGUAGCUUUCCAGAUACCAGGAGGAUGGGAUUCACCUGAAUUGGUAGUAUUCACGGUGCUGCAGUCACUAUUGGGUGGUGGUGGAGCUUUCUCAACUGGUGGUCCUGGCAAGGGUAUGCACAGUCGCCUUUUCUUGAACGUUCUGAACAAAAACGAAUUCGUGGAAUCAUGUAUGGCAUUCUCAACCGUGUACAGUGACUCUGGUAUCUUUGGGCUUUACAUGGUCGCCGCACCUCACGCGUCGAGGAGUGCUCUAGAAGUAAUGUCUAACGAGUUCCGCAACAUGGUGGCGGUCACACCUAAGGAGCUGGAGCGUGCGAAGAACUCAUUGAAGUCGUUUUUGCACAUGUCCCUAGAGCACAAAGCAGUGCAGAUGGAAGACAUCGCUCGUCAGCUACUGUUAUGCAACCGCGUAUUGAGCGUGCCAGAACUGGAGCGCGCUAUUGACAGCGUCACUGCGGCUGAUAUUCAAAGUUGCGUGACCAAGAUGUUGAAGGGCGCUAAACCAUCGGCGGUAGCUAUGGGUAACUUAUCAUUCAUGCCUCACCCUGACGAGAUGUUGCAAUACUUCCAAUUUUAA